CUUACAAACUUAUUAUUUCUUCUGAUGACCUGAGGAAGCUCCGCAAAGAAAUUUACUUAAAGCCCUUCGAUUAUACUUGGAGAGAGACUAUUCGACUAAGAAGCUCCAACAAGGAGGUGCUAUAUAUUGAUAAGAGUCUCGCUGAAUCAGAACAUGAGGUUUUGAAGGCCAUCAUUGAUUUACUCAAUGAAAUGCAUGAUGAGCUUGAAGUGCCUACUAAUGUCGUCUCCGCCGAGGUGCUCAAAAAGGUCAUCCUCUUCUUGGAAAAAAAACUUGAUUUUCAGCAUGUCGUCAAAGUCUACGACAAAGUUGUUGACGGGUAUAAGUCCUGGUCCAAAUACUUCAUCAAUUGUAACACUAACAUUCUACCCGAAUUGUAUAAGGCUGCGAAAGAACUCCGUAUCUCAAGCUUGUUGGCUUUGACAAAUAAGAAGGCUGCUAAAAAACUCCUGAUCCCAACCACGGAGCUGAAGGGCCUCAAUGACUGUUUGAGCCGACAAAUGUUCAAUUAUUUUAUCUGUGUGGCUAGUGACAAGACACACAAAGAGACCAUCCUGACUGAAUUAGACAAUAUUUGUGAUGACUCAACUAGAGACUCAGACAUGGUAGUCGCCUAUAAAGAUUUAAGAUAAUGGCUCACCAAAGUUGGUAACUCGGCCAAGUCCCUUUACAAGGAUUUCGAGAGUAUCAUGGAAUCCCAUCCCUUCCAAGAACUCUGCCUUUCUAUGUAUCAAAACAUAUUUCCGGAAGUGGAUCAGAUUUCCUUAAGAAUUUACGAUGAACCUGUCUUGAAGGUGGGCAAGAGUGUUGCUACUGCUGAAUUCCUAUUUGUGCAAGACCACAUUGAUUCUAAUCCUGAUUUGCAUGAGGUCGAGGCACCCGUUGUUAGACAUUCUUUCAUAGAUACUUGACUUCUGUCAAAAGAAAUAGAAUUUUCGUGGAAUUCUGGUGAAUCAUUUCAAGAGAUGGGCCACUUUCUACUUGAAGCGUAACAAAAAUAUUCUUUCCAAUUUUAAUGAGGCUGCCAACUAUCUCAUUAUCCCGAGCUUGUUGGAGUUGACAACUAAUGCAUUGGCAAAUUCAGUGCAAACGAAGCUUGACUUUCCGGUGGUGUGGAAAACUAUCCUUAUCACCAAUAAUGACUUCCCUCUUCCUUUAUGAUUAAAGGAUUACUUGCAUAUUCAUCAUCUAAGUGUAUUUUUGUUAAAUUUUAUUCGUUUCUUGAUAGCAAUUCAUGAUGAGCUUGUUUGGAUAAUACUUUCCUUAAACGAUGAGGUCUAUGUAAAUUUUUUCACGAGUGUUUAUUUUCUAAGAAAUUAAGUUGAUUGAUGUUGCUCACUACCUUUAAAGAUGAAUGGAGCUACUCAUUCAUGGUAGAUGUUUUGCCUCUCAUGUUCACUUACAGAUUACACUAUAGUAAGAUAAAUCAAAGUCAUUUUAAUUUUAUUGAA